AGACGGCAGAGCGAGGCGGUCAGCUGACUCGGCUCGUGCCGCCGAACAUUGAUUGGGUCUGUGUGGCGGUUCGGUUUGGGUGUUGGGCGAUAUGAGAAUUCCUGAAUAGGGGUAUUUAAACAUUUCUUUUAAAUAACUUUUUUUGAAAAGAAAAAAGAAGAAGGCUUCGUUCAUGGCGUCGCUUCUGUUUUGCGGUCCCAAACUGGCCGCCUGUGGAAUUGUCAUCAGUAUUUGGGGAGUUAUUAUGCUGGCAUUGCUGGGCAUCUUCUUCAAUGUCCACUCUGGAGUUCUCAUCGAGGAUGUGCCCUUCACAGAGGAGGACAUCCAGAAAGAUUCCAGCUCUCCGCAAGCAAUAUAUGCGCUCUAUGACCAGGUGGGCUACAACUGCUACAUCGCGGCAGCAAUCUAUGUGUUCAUUGGGCUCCUGUCCUUCUGUCAGGCCCGACUCAACAAGCACAACGAGUACAUGGAGCGCUAGCAGCCCCUCCUCAGUUCAUCUUGCCUCGCUGUGUUGUGAUCAGCUGUUCUUGACAUUCCCUCUUGCAGGAUGGUUGAUUCCAGAAGUUGUUAAUGUAAAAAAAAAAAAAAAAAAA